UGCACACUGUGUGAACGCCUUGGCGAGGACGGCAACGGUUGUUUACCAACUCCAACAUGAGGGCGUCUGUCUGGAUAUUGGCCAUUUUUGUUCUCAUGCUUUUGGUAACCACAGAUGGACAAAGAAGAAAAUGUCGUCGAAAAUGGAGAUGUAAGGCUCUGACACUGCCUAACACCAUCCGCAGUAACUGCCAGGCUCCGUUCAGAUGUGGGGAUGAGUGCCGCUAUGAGUGUGUCCCCGGGUGUGUGAAGAGGACAGGAGCCAGGGUCAGGGUAUGCAGAUUCGGCCGUUAUUGGCGUGGUGGGAGAGGACUGAAGUGUUCCUGUAAGUAAUCAUGUAUCUUAUUCCAAAUUUUGACUCAAUAUAGUGCUUCGUCGUUCUGGGUUAAUUUGUUAAUCUAAAAAUGGAAAAAAAAUUAAGAUAGAGUUCUGGGGGCCUCUGUGUGUUUGUGUUUCCGAAUUUUUGUAAUCAGCAUAACUCAAGGAUCUCUUAAAUGGAUUGCAAUGAUACAAUGAUACAAAAAUAGCCCCUGGUUCGGAGACUGCUAUGGAGGCUACGCGAAAUAUCUUACUAGACUAAGUAUACAAAAAAAACAGCCUCAAUCGGAGACUAGUACGGAGACUAUAUUUCAUGCAGGUAUGAGGUCUCGGAACUCUUAUUUCUGUUUAGAGAUUUAGUGCAUUAGGUGAAUUAUGAAGUGAACAAGCUUUACACGUAUUUUACAGGUAGACCCUGUGGUUCUCCACCCGAUGUUCGGGAUACCAGUGUUAGUGGCUGCACGGCACCGUUUACAGCUGGGACCACGUGCAGUUACCAAUGUAACCCCGGGUUCCGCAAAGUGGGAGGGGGCGAGACACGGAUGUGUGUGGACGGUCGAUGGGAAGGUUCGACCCUAGUCUGUGCUGCUAGGCAGUGCCUGACUCUGACGGUCCCGGCCUUUGGAUCGCUAACUCCCCCCGGACCACACUCCUACCCGAUCCGGGUAACAUUCACCUGUAACACGGGAUACGUACUGAACGGCGGUUCUAGUACGACCUGCCAAGCUAACGGGACAUGGAGUGAUACUGUUCCAACAUGCACACGUGUACAAUGCCCUGUGCUGACGACACCAAUUAACGGAAUACGGACACCCCCUACCGGAGCGGACCUCUACCGGGACAUGGUUACCUUCACCUGUAACACCGGAUACGUACGGAACGGCGCUUCUAGUACGACGUGCCAAGCUGACGGGACAUGGAGUGAUACCGUUCCAACAUGCACACGUGUACAAUGCCCGCUAUUUUGGGCCCCAUUACAUGGAGCUCUGAAUCCUGUUGGAGCAAACUCCUACCAGGUUGUAGUCAGGUUUACCUGUUACACCGGAUACGUACUGAACGGCGCUGCUGAUACCACGUGUCAAGCUGACGGAACAUGGAGUAACGCUGUCCCAACAUGCACACCCGUACAAUGCCCUACACUGAUUGCCCCAGCUAACGGACUGCUAAUUCCUGCCGGAGCGAGCUCCUACCAGGUCAGGGUCAUGUUCAUCUGUAACCCAGGAUAUCAUCUAAACGGAGCCUCUAGUAUCACGUGCCGAGCUGAUGGGACAUGGAGUAACUCUGCCCCAACAUGCACACCCGUACAGUGCCCGACAUUGGCAUCCCCAACGAACGGAGCGCUGAGCCCUCCCGGACAUCAAUACUACUACCCGACCCAGGUAACAAUCACCUGUAACUCGGGUUACCAACUGAACGGGGUCUCUCCUGUGACGUGCCAAGCUUUCGGAUCAUGGAGCAACCCUGUUCCAACAUGCACACCCAUACCAUGCCCGAUGUUGGCGGCCACAACUAACGGAGCGCUGAGUCCCGCCGGACCGUACGCCUACUUGAAUGUGGUCACUUUUACGUGUGAUAUGGGAUACGUCCUAGACGGCACUUCAAACACAACGUGCCAAGCUGGCGGAUCAUGGAGUAAUCCUGUUCCGACGUGUAGACCUUCCAUGCCGACAUAUUGGCCCACCGCCGCAUCAACACCGACUGCACCUAGUGUGAGCUCCUGUGGGGAUCUGACUGUUUUUAACAGUGAUUCCGGCAGUUUCACAUCUCCAGGCUGGCCAGGUCCAUAUCCGCUGUCUACCAACUGUACCUGGCAGAUGAAUGUCAGUCCUGGAUACGUGGUGCUUAUACGCUUUGCCAACUUUGACUUGGAACAUGGCGGCAGGACGUGUAUUUGGGACAGCUUGAGAAUCCAUGACGGACCAAACAUCUCCUCUCCGAUAAUCGCCAAUCUCUGUGGUUCGUCCGUCGGUCCUGUAAUUACAACAGGAAGGUCUGCAUUUGUUGUGUUCUACAGUGACUACUCUGUGACUGAUUCAGGAUUUAUUGCCAACUUCACCGCAUGGAAUGAUACUAUAAUAACAACACCAUCCAGUCCUGCUGCAACACCAUCCAGUCCUGCUGCAACACCAUCCAGUCCUGCUGCAACUCCAUCCAGUACUGCGGCAAAUGUGAGUGUGCCAUGUGGGAAUCCUACCGUACUGAGUGGAAACUUCGGAAUUUUUACAUCGCCAGAUUAUCCUGACGACUACCCCAACAAUGCAAGAUGUUCUUGGCAGAUAUCUGUCAAUACUGGCUACGUGGUCGCCAUACGAUUCUACACGUUUAACCUUGAUGGUGGAGGUGUUUGUCCUUAUGACUACCUGGAAGUAUAUGACGGAUCAAGCACAGCAGCACCACGGUUAGCCAGACUGUGUGGUUCAUCUGCCCCGACAGUCUUCACAACCGGCAGGAACGCAUUUGUGGUCUUUCAGACGGACGGGAUCGUUACAAGUUCGGGAUUUGCCGCCUACUAUACUGCUGAGAACAGAGGAACAGCGUCACCCAAUACUCCUGCAAUUAUGACAACGCCACCCAAUGUGACGUGUAGCAAUCCUGCCUAUCUGAGUGGCAACACUACCAGCUUUACAUCACCUGGUUACCCAGGUGACUACCCCAACAAUGCACGAUGUUCUUGGCACAUAUCUGUCGAUACUGGCUACGUGGUCGCCAUUCGAUUUAAUUCCUUCAACCUAGAUUAUAAUAUCACAAACGUCAUCCUUGGAAGAGGCUGUGAUGAUUCUGACUACCUGGAAGUAUAUGACGGAUCAAACACAACAGCACCACGUCUAGGGAGACUGUGCGGUAUAUUUGACCGGACAAUCCUCACAACCGAGAGGAACGCCUUUGUUGUCUUCCAGACGGACGGGUCGGGCACAAGUUCGGGAUUUUCCGCCUACUUUACCGCUGAGAUAACAGGAUGCCAGCCAAUCCGAUACAGCCGAUGCCUGCUGGGACUACCAUAUAACCAAACGGCAUUCCCAAACUUUUUCCAAUCGAUGACUCAAGACGCUGCCAUUCAGAAUGCCGAGUGGUUUUUCUUGCCGUACGAUCUCAUCAGAGACUGUCAUCAGGACUUUGAUUUCUUCGUGUGCUCCCUUUCCUUUCCCAGAUGUACAUCUGAAGGAACAAUACUUCCGUGCCAAUCAUUCUGUGGCGAGGUAGAUGCUACGUGUAGCAGUCGUGCUCUUGCCGUCGGUCUUCCCUGGAAUUUGCAUACGUUAUGUGCAUUUCUACCCAUCAGCGACUGUGUAAUGUCAAAUGGAACAAUACUUAACAGUACUCAAGCAAAUGUGAGUAUGCCAUGUGGCAAUACUACCGUACUGAGUGGACGCUUUGGAAGCUUUACAUCGCCAGGAUAUCCUGGUAGCUACCCUAACAACACCAACUGUUCUUGGCAGAUAUCUGUCGAUACUGGUUACGUGGUUUUCAUUGGAUUCGAUGCGUUCGACCUACAUAACUGUGGAAGUAACUGUUCUUGUGACUACCUGGAAGUAUAUGACGGAUCCAGCACCACAGCACCACGGUUAGCCAGAUUGUGUGGUUCAUCUGUUCCGACAAACGAACAAAUCUUCACAACCAGCAGCCACGCCUUUGUGGUCUUCCAGACGGACGGGUCGGUGACAAGGUCGGGAUUUUCCGCCUCCUUCAUCGCUUUCAAUUACAGAAGACCAACACCACCCAGUGUGACGUGUAGCAAUCCUGCCUAUUUGAGUGGACGCUUUGGAAGCUUUACAUCGCCAGGAUAUCCCGGUAGCUACCCUAACAACACCAACUGUUCUUGGCAGAUAUCUGUCGAUACUGGCUACGUGGUCGCCAUACGAUUCAAUACGUUUAACCUCGAGGGAGGAGGUGCCUGUCCUUAUGACUAUCUGGAAGUAUAUGACGGAUCAAGCACAACAGCACCACGGUUGGCCCGACUGUGUGGUUCAUCUGCCCCGACAGUCUUCUCAUCCGGCAGGAACGCCUUUGUGGUCUUUCAGACGGACGGGUCGGGGACACGUUCGGGAUUUUCCGCCUACUAUACUGCUGAACAUAGAGCCUGUCGAGCCGACCAGUUCCAGUGUAACGAUUCGCAGUGUGUACCACUCUCAGCGAAGUGUAAUCGUCAUUUUGACUGUCUCGACUUUAGCGACGAAGCAAACUGCCGUAUACCAGAACCAGAACCUUCAGGUGAACCCGAACCUUCAGGUGAACCCGAGCCCGAACCUGAAUCAGAGCCCGAACCUUCCAGUCAACCCGAACCCGAGGGCGAACCAGAACCUUCAGGCGAACCCGAGCCCGAACCUGAAUCAGAGCCCGAACCUUCCAGUGAACCAGAGCCCGAGGGCGAACCCGAACCUGAGGUCGAACCGGGGCAAGGUCUAGGUUAUUGGCGCUACCAUCGCGGAGACAAUUUUAUCUAUGGACCAAUCAGUAAUGGCGGAGCGUGGUACGGACGCUGGUACAGGUGUGGUGUUACUAUUCCUGGAGAUACAGACGAGAAUGGCUGGAGAUGUGACUUUGAUGCAGACCAGUGUAACACUGUGGUAACUUCUACAAGUUCAUUUGGUUUUCGGUGGAUUCGGCAUUCCGGUAGAACCCCAUCCUCGUCAACAGGGCCAUCAGCAGACAAUACAAAUGGAUUCCGGUUCUAUAUGUAUACGGAGGCUAGUGGGAGUUUUAGCGGGGCAACAUCAAAUCUGAUGUUGCCCAUUACGCGCUCUGCACCCGACAAUGUGCACUGCCUGCGGUGGUUCUACCACAUGUAUGGAUCGAGCAUGGGGACAAUGAACGUCUAUGUCAUCCAACCUCAUUAUCCUGACAUGUUAGUAUUUACCAAGUCUGGAAACCAAGGAAAUCGGUGGCUGCCAGCUUCCGUCACUAUUUCCACCAAUGCCAGUGUUUUUCAGAUUCGGUUUGAAGGUGUUAGAGGGUCUGGUUACGAAAGUGACAUGGCGAUCGAUGACAUUGCCAUAAGAUCUGGGCACUGCUCCACAUGUGCUGCAAACCAGUUUGCCUGCUUGGAGGGAAGCUGCAUUUCCUUCAACAUGACGUGUGAUGGUGAUUCUGACUGCCCUGAUGGAAGUGACGAGGCCAUCUGUUAUUACCCGUCAACACAACAUAGCACACCAUCACCGAGUACACCACCACCCAGCUUAGAUUGCGGUAACCCUACUGUGCUGAGUACAAACUCUGGCAACUUUACAUCGCCAGGUUACCCUAGCAACUACCCUAACAACGCCUACUGUUCCUGGCAGAUAAAUGUCAACACUAGCGAGGCGAUCGCUAUUCGAUUCAAUACGUUUAACCUUGAGGGUGGAGGUGUCUGUCCUUAUGACUACCUGGAAGUAUAUGACGGAUCAAACACAACAGCACCACGUUUAGCCAGACUGUGCGGUUCAUCUGCACCGACAAUCUUCACAACCGGCAGACACGCCUUUGUGGUCUUCCGGACGGACGGGUCGGUGACAAGGUCGGGAUUUUCCGCAAGUUUUAAUGCAGAGAAAAUAGCUUGUCCACAUGACCAGUUCCAGUGUAACAGCUCGGAGUGUGUACCACUCUCAGCGAAAUGUAACGGCCAGGGUGACUGUUUGGAUCGGAGCGACGAAGAAAACUGCACUUGUCAACCCGACCAGUUCCUUUGUGACACUUCUCGGUGUGCACCCGUCUCAGCAAAAUGUAAUCACCACCCUGACUGUCUGGAUUGGAGUGACGAACUCAACUGCACCAGUUACCAAGAUGAGGAUGGCUGGAGUUGCGACUUUGAAUCAGAUCAGUGUAACUCCACAACAACUGCCACUGGACGUUUUCGAUGGAUUCGACACUCUGGCGGUACUGCAUCUUCUCUAACAGGACCGUCAGCAGACCAUACAGAUGGAUCCGGCUUUUAUAUGUACACGGAGGCUAGUGGAAGUUCUCCUGGUGCAACGGCCAAUCUAACUUUACCAGUCAGUCGCUCUGACGGUCAGCAUUGCCUGCGGUGGUUCUACCACAUGUAUGGGUGGAGCAUGGGAACACUGAACGUCUAUGUCAUCCAACCCCAGUAUACUGACAUGCUAGUGUGGAAUAUAUCUGGAAGCCAGGGGAAUCAGUGGCUGCCAGCUUCGGUCACUAUCUCCACAAAUGCUAGCGUUUUUCAGAUUCGCUUCGAAGGUGAAAGAGGAACUAACUUUGCAAGUGACAUGGCGAUAGACGACAUUGCUGUACGACCUGGUCCCUGUUCCACAUGUGCUGCAAACCAGUUUACCUGCUGGGAGGGAAGCUGUAUUUCCUUUAACUUGACGUGUGAUGGAAAUUCUGACUGCUCUGAUGGAAGUGAUGAAGUCGUCUGUAACUCAACACAGACCACAACACCACAAGCAACCACAACCUUCAAAAUAACCUCACCACCGCCCAGUGUAAAAUGUAGUAACCCUGCUGUACUGACGGGAUUCUCUGGCAACUUUACAUCCCCGGGUUACCCUGGCAACUACCCUAACAACGCCCGCUGUUCAUGGCUGAUAACUGUCAGCUCUAACAAAGUUGUGGUCAUCAGAUUUAUAGCGUUUGACUUGGAAUAUCAAGGCUCUUGUAAUUACGACUCCCUUACUGUGCAUGAUGGGCCAAACGCUGCCGCUCCUGUGCUCGCCACCCUUUGUGGUACAUCUGCUAGACCAGUCGCCACCUCCGGGAACAACGCCUUCCUACUCUUCACUACUGAUGGCUCAGUGACGGAGUCAGGAUUUUUUGCAACCUUCACUGCUGAGAAUCCCCCAACUACAUGCUCUCCCGAUGAGUUCACCUGUUGGGAUGGAAAUUGUAUAAACAUGACUCUCACCUGUGACAGCGCCAGGGACUGUGCUGAUGGAAGCGAUGAAAUAAAUUGUGCUACUGUUGGUUCGAAGUGCGGUGUUCCAGCCAUACAGCCGACCUUCCCCGUCGCCCGUAUCGUCGGCGGUAACGCUGCCCGGCCGGGUAGCUGGCCCUGGCAGGCUUACUUGUUACGUUACGGGUCCUUCCAAUGCGGGGGGAACCUCAUCCAUCCCCUCUGGGUCCUGACCGCUGCCCACUGUGUGGAAUAUGAUCUAUCGCCCGGCGGAUACAACGUCAUUCUUGGCAAGUACCACAAAUACAUCACCGACCCAACAGAACAACGAUUAGCUGUCUCCCAGAUUAUCAGUCACGGUGAAUACAGCACUCACCCGACCAAUAAGGACCUGGCCCUACUGAAGCUUGCCCAGCCGGUGACACUGAACCAGUACGUGUGGCCUGUCUGCCUUGUCUCGGGCCCUGGAGACGAUCCUCCCGAGGGAACCCGCUGCGUCAUAACGGGAUGGGGAACUACCCAAGGUACUGGAAACGAUGACGUCCUGAAACAAGCCCGUGUCCCAUUGGUCAGCAAUGAUAAGUGCGACAACGCCCCUCUGUUAGCAGGAAAGAUCACUGAGUUUAUGAUGUGCGCAGGUUACUACGACAGCGGUGGCCAUGAUACCUGUAGUGGUGACUCUGGCGGCCCCCUCGUCUGUUCAGCGGGAGGACGGUGGACCCUGUACGGUGUUACCAGCUGGGGGGAGGGGUGCGCUCAGCCCACCUAUCCUGGAGUGUACGCCCGAGUCAGCUCUAUGCUCGACUGGAUCCACCAGACUAUGGACAACAAUUGAAACAAUAACUCAGAUGGUUCUUCCUUUACAGAAUCGAAUUGAUACUUUACCUUACAUCAUAGUUAUAGAAUCUUUGAGAGCGUACAUUCCAUUCACUUAUUCAUAAUUUAGGUAUGGUUCAGGUUAAUUCAAUCAUAUAAGAUUAUGCCUGAAAAAAAGUUAAUUUUCCGCCUGCAGCUGUUAGAAGCUGCAUAUGCGCAUUCGAACGUUACUUUUCACUUACCAACAUUACUCUAUAUAACAAUAGUGCUAUAUUACAUAAUCUGAUAUUAAUAACUAACUUUUAUGCAUAGAA